CCUGUGCGGGCAGCAGCGCGGGCCCAGUGGGCUGCGGAGAUGCGGGGGACGAGCUGCGUGGGCGGCGGCGGCGAGAGCCCGGGUGGCGCGGGGCUGAGCGAAGGCCCGCGCGGUCGGUGGCUGCGCCUGGCUCCCGUCUGCGCCUACUUCCUCUGCGUCUCGUUGGCCGCGGUGCUGCUCGCCGUCUACUACGGUCUCAUCUGGGUUCCCACGCGGCCCCCCGCGGUCCCCGCCGGCCCGCCGCCGAGCGCGCCGUCCCCUCCAUGCGCUGCCCACCCGGGCGCGCCGCCUGCCCCGGAGCCCGCCGCUGCCUCCGUCUCCUGCCUCCUGGGAGCCGCCGGCGGGCCGCGACCCCAACUCGAGCUGCCGCGCAGCCGCCGCCGUCGCCGCCACAGCGACCCCAGCCGCCACCCGCGCCAUCAGAUGCCCGGAGAGACACCGGAGGCCGCGGGGGGAGGGGGAGGCGAGGACCAGGGUAACCAUCCCUUCCGACCCUAAGCCGGACCGCAGGCCCUCGAGAGCCCGCGCCCCACCGAGGAUGCCCGUUCCUGUCUGGGCCAGGAUUCCGUCUUCAUUGAAAUAGCCUAGUGUUUCUGGAGCUGUCAUCCUGAAGAAUGGGGGUGCAGGGGAGCUGGCUCCGGGCGUCCACCAUCUGGCAGACCACCUCCUGUCCCUCCCUCCAUAGGAUUCUGAGCACAGAGCCCACAGCCCCCUCUCUGACUCUCGGUGUCUUUCCGUCCACCUGCAAUAAACUCCAGGCC